AUGGCAGACAGUGAACACGAGGACAAUAUUAACAAAGCUAUAGAAGCAUGCAACACCGCUCAAGCAAUGAUAGAUAUAAAUGCGGAACAUCUUGACGGAUUGAGAACACAGUGUGCUACUAGUGCAGAACUGACGCAGCAUGAAAUUAGAACUCUUGAAAGUAAGCUGAUAAAAUUAUUCAGUCGGCAGUUAGUUGCAAAAAGAAAAUGUCCCGAAAGUGCAUUACUUCCCGAGCUUGUUCAAUAUCCUCGUUUACAAAAGUGGCUUCAAGUAGUUGGACUUUGUCCAAAGUCCAUGGAGAGACAGUUGCGAGGUGAAAUAACUAGUGCUGCUGAUCUUGAUCUUCAUUGGGACUCAUGGGAGAGAAAUUCAACAAUUAGCUCUUCUCCUCGUACGCAUCACCAACGGCGUAAGGCUCGAUCUUCAGUUCCGUCAGAAGAACUUUUAAAGAGCACGCCUACUCAUGUUCCUCAGUCUCCACCGUCAAGCAUGAGCUCCAGCUAUCACUUAGGCCAUAUAUCUAUUUCUUCAUCAUCUAAUUUAAUAUCUUCUUCGCAUCAUGGACCAUGGUCUCCCACACCUAUUCUCACUUCUGCAUCAUCUAAUAUUCCUUCCCCCAGAGAAAGAAGGUACACACCUCCACCAACACCCCCCCAUGUCAGCUAAAAGAAUGAAAACAAAAAGUUUCCUACAACUCCACCACCUAGCAAAAAGCAUCAGGCAAACCUUUUGCCUGAAAUCUAUCCUCUGACGAAAAGCAAGUCCCAUGAAGAACAACUGGCCAAAAAAAUGGAAUCCAGUGAUAAUGUUGCACCAAGCAGUCAAACUGAAAAUGUUCCUCGGCGUAGAUUCCCCACUGAACCAGGCUUAGAAUCUUCUGGAUUUUUUGGUCAAAUGUCUCCUCUAAUGUCAUCACCAAACAGGUCUCCUCCUUUUGUUAGUCCUGAUCAGCAGACAGAUGGAUGUUUCAUUGAUGAUGUGCCCGUUCCAACAACUGCUUUGCCUGUCCCACGAUCUCCUAGAACACAUGGCAUGGCUCAUGUCAUUCAUCAUAGGUUUACUCCUACUUUAAAAGUCACAACUUGUCAUUUUUGUGAUAAGCCUAUGUUUUUUGGUUUCAAAUGUAAAGAAUGCAAAUAUCGUUGUCACAGAGAUUGUGUUGAUAAAGUGCCUCCAUCUUGUGGAUUGCCCAAUGAACUAGUUGAUAUAUUUGCCAAAACAAUACACAAUGAUGGUAAAUAUAAUCAUUCUCCUAUUCUAACCCGAACCCAUAUAACAAGUCCAGCCAAUAUGUUAAAAAGUGAAAGUGCUAAAGAGCGCAAGUGGUCUCGACAUCAGCAACAACUGAUCAACCUUCAGGCCUUUCCUGCUCCUGAUUCUUCAUCCAACACAUCCUCCUGCAAUUCAUCUACCCCAUCAUCACCUGCAUUGAUUAAUACUACUCAACAAACGCCUCCAGCAGCUGCACGUAUGCAUCAGUUUCAAUUUCCAGAUGUUGAUACAACGAAAGGUAUAACUUUGGAAACUAAACCUUUAAUAGAUAAUGAAAUGGUUGAGACUCAAAAGUCAAAUGAUAGUGACAAGACAGUUGGUUCUGGAAGUACCGAUUCUGAAAAGACAUUAGCCGGCCGUGUGGACUCUCAGGACAGCCAAGUGUCUGAUGUAGAUCCAAGUGAAAGAUCGUGGCCUAGGCAAAAUAGCCUUUCUUUAAGGGAAUGGGAUAUUCCAUUUGAUGAGCUUGAAAUCAAUGAAGAAGUUGGUACUGGACGUUUUGGUACAGUUUACAGAGGCAAUUGGCACGGUAGUGUGGCAAUCAAAAUGCUGGAUAUGGACCAUGUUGAUGACAAAAGAACUCUUGAAACAUUUAAACAAGAGGUUGCAACUUUCCGUAAAACACGUCAUGAAAAUCUUGUUCUAUUUAUGGGAGCAUGUAUGAAACCUCCAAAAUUAGCUAUUGUUACUAGUUUAUGUAAAGGAAUGACAUUGUUCACUCAUAUUCAUCUGCGAAAAGAUAAAUUCAAUUUGAAUAGGACAAUCACAAUAGCUCAACAAAUAUCUCAGGGCAUGGGUUACCUUCAUGCUCGAGAUAUUAUUCAUAAAGAUCUUAAAACUAAGAAUAUUUUCUUCGAAAAUGGGAAAGUUGUAAUUACAGAUUUUGGACUAUUUUCUGUAACUAAAUUAUGUCAUGGUAACAGGAAAGGUGAAUGGUUAACUAUACCAAAAGGGUGGCUUUGCUACCUAGCUCCAGAAGUUAUACGAAGUCUAAGAGCAGGAAGUCAGCAAGAAAAUGAUAAUUUGCCUUUUUCAAGAGCCUCAGAUGUCUAUGCCUUUGGUACGGUGUGGUAUGAACUUUUAUGUGGUGAAUGGCCAUUUCAUAUGCAGCCACCAGAGGCAAUAAUUUGGCAAGUUGGAAAAGGUGUGAAGCAAACCUUAGCAAACAUACAAGCUUCUCGGGAUGUCAAAGAUAUUUUGAUGACAUGUUGGGCUUAUAAAGACACCGAACGUCCUGAGUUUAGCAAAAUCCUCAUGAUGCUUUCACGCCUUCCCAUGCUUCCAAAGAGACGACUUGCACGAAGCCCAUCCCAUCCCAUCCAUCUGUCACGAUCUGCCGAGUCUGUUUUCUAAACGUUAUGAUUACAUUCUGACUUAGAAGUUAAUACAUAAUAACGAACUUCUGGUUUUCUGACGGAAUGUAUGUGAAGAGUGAUGAAUGAGUUAUGUUUUCACGUUAUUGGACUAUUGACUAUUUUAGGA